AAACACCGCUCUGGUCUCCAUGGCGACAGCGGGAUGCCGCGAACGGCUUCUGGGUGGAGCCGGCGCCUUGGCCGAUUGGACUCAGCUCGGCGCGGAAUCCGUGAAUUGCCCGCGGCUCGAGGGUGCAGCUCCCGGACUGACUGGCCCUGCCCUGCUCCAUGGACGCCUCCUCUAGCCCGUGGAAUCCAACCCCGGCUCCUGUCAGCAGCCCUCCCCUGCUGCUCCCCAUCCCUGCCAUCGUCUUCAUCGCUGUGGGCAUCUAUUUGUUGCUGCUGGGUCUAGUGCUGCUGACUAGGCACUGCCUGCUGGCCCAGGGCUGCUGCGUGGACGGUAGCUCCCCCUGCAGGACGCAAGGUGCCUCCGGGCCCCGAGACUGCUGCCGGACCUGUGCGGAAGCCUGCGACUUUCCUCUGCCUAGCCCAGCCCAGUUCCUGGAUGCAUGCUGCCCCCAGCCCACCGGAGCUGACUGGGCACCUCGCUGCCCCCGCUGCUGCCCACUCUGCGACUGUGCCUGUACAUGCCAGCUUCCUGACUGCCAGAGCCUCAACUGUCUCUGCUUCGAGAUCAAGCUCAGAUGAGGACCCAGUGUCCUGCCCUCUGGGGAGCGGCCAGCCCCCAGGGCCCAUGUGCCGUCCUUCUUGAGGGGCCUCAGGACACCUUUCUCCAGGCCACUGGAACCACAAAUGGCCUGCCCAGCACCCAGGCCUGGGAACUGGAAGUGGCUAUGCAAGGCCUGGCUCCCUGCAGGGAAGGACUCUUGGCCGGCUGGACAGCAGCUCCUCUGGAGGGUCAGAAGAGGGGCUAGUGCUCCAGCAGGUGCCCUGGCUCCCCUUCCCCUACCCAAGUGAACGAUUCUAUUUUAAGGUGGGCAGGGGGGUGGCGCUGCUCACCACACAGUGUUAUAGGAGGAGCCUGGGCCUUAAGUACCGGGUACUCAGGGUGCCCCAACCACACUCCGUGCACAGACUGUUAUUUUAGGAGGCGAGUAUAGUGCCAGUAUCUGCUCUCCUU